AUGGGAUACGGCAAAUCUGAUGCUAGGAAGGAGCGCCACAGCGGUAAUCCGAAGUCUUCGGUUAAUGCUGAUGCUGCUCAGAAGAAGGAUGGAGCUGGUGGCAAGUAUACAUGGGGCACAGCUGGUGAUCCACCAGCCGAUGCUGCUAUGGAUAAGGGUGAUCCUAAUUAUGAUUCUGAAGAAGAAGAACAUCAACAGAAAGGUCAUCAUCAAGAGGUCGCCUCCUCCUCCUCUAAGUAG